AUGACAUACACUGGGUUCCCCAGACAGUUUUCCUCACGGAUACACACAGCGAGCGCCCUCUCGCUCCGCCGCCGCUUCGCCCUCUGUAGCGGGGGCCGCCGCGGUCGAGUCCCUCAACACGCUCGCGGCGCCCCGGGGUCGCGAGGGCCGAAGGCGCGCGGAGCAGGAGGCCAGGGGGCCACUCCGCCGCCGCUGCUGCCGCCGCUUCUCUUCUCCUCAGCGGCUGCGGGAGCUUUUCAAAAGUCCUCCCGACUCCGGAAUCGGGAGCCCCGCCCCUUGGCCCCUUCCUCCCCGCCCCUUACGUCACCAAGAUGGCGGCUGCGCCUGCGCGAGAGGGCCAGCAGGCAGGCGAGGAGAAGAGCCGUAAAAGGCAAAGAGAGCUGCGAGUUCGAGCCUGUCUGUCGCCAGUUUUUUUUCUUUUUCUCUCUCUUUUUUUCAGUUUUCUUUGAAAGACAAGUUGAGCAAAGCCGCCAAGGUUUUCUGCAAAAAUCUUGCAAAAGAUCCCAUCAAAAGCUGCCUCAAACACAAUAUCAGUAUACCAGAUGUCAUGCCGAGUUAGACACUCAAGAUCUCGGUGGCUCUCUGCUAGAUGAAGAUACUGGCAUGCAGCUUUUUGGCUUUGUUCCGUAUAUCCAGCCUCCCUUGGAUCCAGCAGCGAGAACACGUGCAGAAAAGCCUCAUGCGGUCAUUGCUAAUGCCAUCAAGCAAAAGGUCAACACCAAACUAAUUUCAAAAGGCAAUGAAAUCUUUCAGCACAGGGCCAUAUUAAAAAACAGAAGAUGGGCUUUGCAUGUCGGCCUCUUUAAAGUUCACCCCGUACGAAACACAUUGAUCCUCAUAUAAUGAGUUUGAAGAGAGAAACAAGAUGUGAAAAGAGAAGAGAGAAAUAUGAGAUUCAAGAAGAUUGCUGGGGAUGGGGCAGUUGGUGAAGAUGAAGACGAGCAACACAGCUCCAAGUGUAAAAGCCACCAAAGUCUUGAGUCAACAUUUAACUGUGUGGGAGGAGAGCUGGUCUUGUGGUAGCAAGCAUGAAUUGUUCCCUUUGCUAAGCAGGUUCCCUUUGUUAAGGGGGGCACAUUUAGGCAGGCUUGCUGACACGAGUCGCACAG